AAUUCCCUCCUUUAUUGUAAAUGCUGUUAUUUAUUUACUAACACUUAUCUAGUAUUUUAAUAAAUAAAGAUUUUUAUUGGUGUAGUAUUGAUGUUGUUCAACUUCAAAUUGCUCGGUGAAAGCAUAGCGUCAUUUCAACAACAAAAUGGAGAUCGAUAAAUUGAAAAAAGUUAUAUGUGGAAACAAGAACGUUAGUGCAAAUCAUUUAAAGCAGUUGAGUGCAAAGUUGACCGAAGAGACGACUAACACUUCAGUCGUGAAUGACUUGACUAAGCUGCUACCUGCUGUGCUGAAGUAUGCGGUACACCAAGACAAGGCGUUCCGUGAGGCAGCUCUGCCGGCGCUUAAUGAGCUUGGCAGCCUACUGGACCUGAACAAACACCUCAAGGAGAUGCCUUGGUGGACAGAAACAAAAGAUGCUAUUUUGACAAGUGUGGACGUACUGAUGAACCUAGUGACCACUGGGGAUGACCAAUGGGCGGAGUUGUGGAUGACGAUCGUCAUGAUUCUUGGAUCAGACCUGAGGGCCGAACUUACUUUGCUUAACCGACUACUCAAAGUUGUGGAGAAAGCAUUCAAGAUGAACGAUGAGAAUAUACGUUACCAGGGGUUCGAGUGCUGGUGUAAGCUUAUUGACAACUUUUCUAUCAACAAGCAAGAAAUAAACAAUAAAAGACGACUUGGCCUUCUGAUAAUUCCUCUCAAAGCCAACAAUCACAAUACUCCGAGAUUGUGUGCUGCAAAAAUGAAGACAUGGAAGCAUAUACUCUCCAAGCUGGACCAGCACAGUGAGAUGACAGUUGAUUUGUUGAUAACUCACUUCUUGGAAUUCAUGUUCCGUGGGGUCGGCUCCAUUGCGCCGGCCUGUAAGACUCUCAACACAGAAUGCGCCAGUGUGUUCUCACAGAUGCUGCAGACACCGCUUCCCUUCCGUAUUGUUCCUGACCUCUUCAUCAGAUACUCGUUUGUGUGCAUUGAACACGUCCACAGGGAUUUAACUCUCUGUAUGAACAUAUGGGAAAGCGUACUCGAAAACAUGAAGCACAACCAGUGGUCGGAGAGUCAUGUGACAGAGUUGUUGACAUGUUUGACCAACGCCAGCAAGACCGACAAGUUAGGCAAGAGCAAGACUUUUGCACACAUGGUGCGGUCGCUUUAUAGUGGCAAACACCAAUUACCUUUAGGCACACAGGUCAAACAUCUCAAGACCAUCAUGGCCGUGGCGCUGGAGCCGCAUGUACUGGUCAACUAUGCAGAAGACUGGUAUAACGAACUACUGAACAUAGUUGCAGAAACAGACCAUAUUCAACUACCUCAAAGUAUUAUUGGAGACAUCAUUUCCAAGUUAAAUGUACUCGCUGUCUCUGAACAAUUUAGGGAUGAAAAGCUCAAGUUUCUCAGAGGCAUGUGGAUUUUAAUGACAAACAUAAUUUGCAAGUGGAUGUCCGAUGGUGGUCAGAUAGGUAAGAACGGAAACGCAGAAACCGAUCUGCAAGACAUUCACCAGCUUCUGUUUUUUGGUGCCGCUCCGCUUUCUUCAACGUGGAACAAACUUCAAAUGAAGUCUUGGAAGACGCUUUACAGCGAGUGUGUGAAGUACUUUUCACUGUCGACCGAAGUAAAAUGUGAAAAGUUUGUUGGGGAUUUGGUAGAGCUUCUUUUAGAGGGUGUGAGAGACAAGAAAAUCCCACUUCACAUUGCGUUGGAUCUGGUGUCUAUAGUCCUUGAAUAUCACCUUGCUAAAGAUGAAUCAAGUGUAUUGCCUUUGAUGAUGGAGGUGGCCGUUGGUACGAUGAAUUCCUUCCAAACGGAUACAGUUGGCGCAUAUGCGUUGCUCAGUCAGUAUCUCAAGAUCAUAGUCGUAGCCGCUAGAACGGAGACAGCACUGGUCAAUGACAUUUUGACCGUGGUGGACAAGAUGUUAACGUUACUAGAUGAUUUUCCUUUGGCUGAGACGUACUUGGAAAAAACUAGAAAUGCGAUAAUGAAGGUACAGAUCCAGCUGAAUGGGCUGAAGCCGUGCAGAAGUCAAGAUAGAUCAGAGUCUCCGUCAACAAACCACGCUUCCCCCGUCACCUCCCCCACCAUGACUAGCUUUCUGCACAGGUUGGCAAAAUCAAAAGAAACAAAAUCCAAGAUCAGUUCACCCACACCUUCUCAAUCUUCUGACAUUUCUUCACCAAAUCACACUCCUAAUUCCAAGAAAAGCGCUUCUCCAUUUUGUGAUAUGAAAUCUGAGGAUUUUGUGUUUGUGCCACCAAAACCUCGAAAAAUACUGUUGACUGAACAUCAGAAAGAAAGCCUGACGACAAGGAAACAUGACAUCCCUGCAUUGUAUCAAGAUUUGUCCCAAGAUAGUUCACAGUCUGCUUUUGAAAGUAUAAUCACACCUGCUCAUGUCGUGGAAAAGGAACAGAAGACAGAAAAGGAACCAGUGUCACACUCUCCUCAGAAUUUUAAAGACAUAAACUUUACAAGAAUGUCACCAAGGAAAUCCCAAGCUGCAAACCUAAAAUCUCCGACAAAACUUCAAAAUAAUAAAGAAAAUGACUGUUUAAAUAAUAAUACCAAAUCGCCGGUUAAGACAAAGGAAUCCAAACUUUCUGGAGUAACUGAAGAGAUCCCACUGAAAGUUUUACAGGAGGAUCAGAAGAAAGUGCAGGAUGAUGUGUCGGAAGAUUUGGCUGUUUCAAAACUAACAGCAACAUAUCCACAAAUGAGACUGAGGAAAAGUUUGAGUAAUGAUUCAGUAAGCAACCAGAUCAUAAAUGGUGCUGAAGAGGAUGCUAAAAAUGACGAUAAAGUUAAAGAUGCUGACAGUGUUCUGGACCGUGAACAUAUUCAACUUGAGGAAACUGCUAGUAGCAAUGAGAACAAAUUGAAGGACACCGAACAAAAUCUUUCAACUCCAAAACAUUCAGUUGAAGAUAAAACACCCAAGAGAAGCUUAAGAAAAACUAAGCUUAGUAUUUCAAUAGAAAAGAGUGGCCAGAGAAGUGGUAAAAGAAGUAUACAAAAAGAAGAGACUGAGAAAGAUAAAUCUACUUCAUCAAGUAGUACGAACAAAUCACUGAAUAGCAAUACCACACCAAAGAUUUCUCCUAGAAGAUUGAGGAACCGCAAAUCCGGUGUAACCCCAGUACUUAGUGGAGGGGGAUUGAUAAAAAAGACGAGGGGCAAAACACAAAGUCCUAAAGAUACACCGACAAACAAAAAUACAAAAAACAACACCCCUGUCAGUACCAAAAGUGAUACAUGCAUUGAAAACAAAAAUUGCAAAGAAAUUAUUCAAGUUGAAGAAGAAAAACAAAAUAAUAGGGAUGAUAUUACAUCCGACAUCAAAAGAUUUGACGAUCAAGGUCAGUGCGAUCCUGAUAAUAAAGCUGAAAAGAUCAAAGUAACUUCUAACACCAACAAGGAAGAUUGUGCUUCAAAAUCUGUAGCUAAAAACGCGGAAAACCAUAUUAAUGAAAAUGAGACUAACGACAUUGAAAUUAUUGCAGUAAUCAAAAAAGAUAAGGACAAAUUAAAUGUUAGUCAAAAUAAAAAAGGUUCAUUUUCUAGAGACUUAUUAUUGAAAAACCUAGGUUCAUCUAAAACUGAUGUUUCCUGCCUUGACUUAACCUGCUCUCCUGUCAAAGUGGUGGUUGAACGUCUUCCAGAGAUGGGACUCAGUUCUAAGUUUGAAAACCAAGAAAAGAGAGACUCUACAGUAUUAAAAACUGACACAGAAAAGCAGACAACCGCUGUACGAAACAUUUUGUCAUCCUUGUCUGCAAGUAACCACAAUCUGAACUGUGGCACCUUGGAUGUAAGCUGUAAGUCGGUUCAAUCAGAAAUCAAAGCAAAUAUUGAGGAUGAAAAAUAUCAGUCUACAUUUGUUCUGGAGCUAGAUGAAACACGGAAGGAAGAAACUCGUAUUGAAUUGCAAAGAGAUAAUAUUGACAUCACUUCAAACGAAGACAGUACACCUAGCAAGAAGAAAAACACUACAGAAGAAGUUGACUCAGAAAUAAAAACAUUAGGAAACUGUAGAAAAACAAGGUCAAUUGGUACAGUUGAAAACCCCUCCCCAAUUACUCCUAAAGAUAUACUAGAUGAAACACGGAAGGAAGAAACUCAUAUUGAAUUGCAAAGAGAUAAUACUGACAUCACUACAAAUGAAGAAAGUCAAAAAGAUGGUUCUAACAAGAAGAAUAAAACUACAGAAGAAGCUGAAUCUGAAAUAAAAAUUUUAGGACACUGUAGAAAAACGAGGUCAAUUGGUACAGUCGAAAAACCCUCUCUAAUUACUCCUAAAGAUAUAAUAGACAGUGAAACUACUUCAGAGAAAAAGCCUAUUGAUGAGGAUGAUGCUGACCUUAAAAGUUCUACUGCUGAGAAAAUGUCAAGUGAAUCCACAUCCAAAACAAUUGAAACAAAUAUCUCACCUUCCAUCUUAUCAAAGCCAAAGUCAACUGAAUGCACACCCGUGAAGAGCGGUCAGAAGCAGUUGAAGCAAACACAACUUCCUUUCACGCCAAUACGCAAAACCAAACUACCUGUAGAAGAAGAACAAACUGUGCCAUCAAAAUUGGAAGAAGUAGAUGGAAAGUCACCUUUAUUAGUUCUUAAAAAAAUUGAAACAUCUGAGACAACCAAAGCUUUGGAAAGUUCAAAAUCUAAAACUGAAAAUAAGAUUAUUUCCAAUGUUGAAACAAUGAGCGUGGAAACCAAUAAGUCUCUUAUUAAAAUAGAAGAAAGGAAAACUGUUGAAUGCAAGUCAGCAGAUGAUGUGAUUCCCACAAACAGCAUUAAAGGGUCAACUGAGCAAGAAGUUCAAAGAACUCCUGAAAAAGCAAAUACUUCAAAAAAUGUUAGUAUUUGUUUGCAAAAAUGUGACGAUGCCAGAGUUCCGGCCAGACCAGACUCACCUUGUAAAACAACUGAAUCGGAAGACAUAAUUGCUAGUUCACAAGAGAAUGAUGUAACAACACAAAGCAUCUUGUCUUGUAGGAACUCGAGCGGUUCAUUGAAGCUUUUAAGUAAGAGUCCAAAGAAGUGUGAUAGUUCAUCACAGUCCAUCGUAAACAGUGAGAGAGUUUUAAGAUCAUCUCCUUCAAAGGCAGAGAACACACGGUCUACGGUAACUCCUGUUAAAAAGUCAGUGUGCCGCAGAUUGGAUGUUGAAAUUGAAGAAUCACCAGAAUAUGAUGAUUUGGCUUGUUUGACUUCUACCAUCAAAACAAAAUCCUCUGCUAGUGUAAAUUUGGAGGAACAGUUAUCAGAUGACUUUAGACUACUCAAUGGAGACUAUGGCAAUCAGAAAACCACAGAAAAUGGUUUACCAUCAAAUAGAGAGUUGGAAGUGGCUAUCGCUUCAGAUGAUGUUCAGGAUGCUAUAAACUGCUCUCCCAAGUCACACAAAAGUCCAAAUCGAAAACGGAUUUUUGUAGAAUUGGAAGGUAACAUCGGAUCUCCCAAGAGGACUAUAGGAUCACUCAGAUUUGAAAACAAUAGUAGUCCUGUAUCAUCACCAACCUCUCGAACAAGUCAAAUGAUGGAGUUAGCUAAGCAAGACAGAACAGUUUCCUCACCUAUUAGCACUAAGAAGCGUAGAGUCCUUCCCAUCAGAGUUGGGCCAGCAGCAAGACAAGCGAGCAUUCAGCGAACACACAGUGGGCCCAGUGAAGAGUGGGUGCGACGCACAUACUCUCCGACAGCUAGUCCGAACAGUAGUAUCCUGAAACGAACUCAUCAGACUCCACAGCUAGUCAGCCCAGACUCUUCACCCCCCUCGUCCAAGAAAAAACGAGUCAGUUUUCUGGAUCCUCCUGUAUCGGAGAGCCUGUUGUUCAGUAAAGUCAAUCCUGGAAUAGGUCAUGUCCAGAGAACAGAGUCAAGACAAGAUGGGUUGAUGGAUUUUGAAAGUGAGGAUGUUCCUACUCAAGGCUCCCUAGAAGUGGAGGUGCCAGAAUUCUCAAAGUCAGAGGCUGAGGUCUUCUCACCCUUGAAGCAGUGUAGUAGUCCUCUCACCGAUAUUCUGGAGAGGAUAGCCAACCAACAGUGGAUGUCAGAGUUGGAAGCACAAUUGGAGAGACUUGGAGUUACGACAAUUGGACAACUAAGCUCUCUCCCUGAAGAAACCGUGCAAAGGUUGCCAUUCAUUCCUCCCAAGCUGGAUAGGCUACGCAAAAUAUUGCAGAACUACUACAAUGAAAUCAAUGAGAAGCCUGUGGAAAAAAGACACAUAGGUUCCGAAGCAAACAGAAUGGAGUGCCUUAGUUCAGGUAAAAAGAGCUCCAAAGUCGAGGUAUCAUCACCUAAAAAGAACGUAGAAGAUAUACAAUCUCAAAGCGAAGAAAACACUGAGCUAGGAUCACCAGAAGAUGUUGUUUCAAGUGCAGAAAAGAUUAAGCAAAUGAUUGAGCAGCAUCCAGCCUUAUCACCUAAAAAGACUGCGGAAAAACCCCAACCUGAAAAUAAAGAAUGUGAUCGGCUGGAAUCUCAAGAGGAUGUUGCUUCAAUUGCUGAACACAUCAGAGAACAACUACACCAACAUCCUGAACUCGUUCAUGAGCUCGGAAACUUGUUGGAAAUUGAUGUCGUAAUGAAACUGUUAGAUGUUGCAGUUGCUAAAAUGAAAAAACAAAUCGAUAAAAGUUAACAAUGUUUAUCAAACAAACAUUUACCACUGCCAGGGUUUUUACAUUGUUGAUGUAUAUAGAAUUGUAUAGGCUUUAAUUACAAUAAUGUAAAUAUAUUUUAUGGUACGGUAAUUGUAUAACUUAUUUUUUUGUAUUUUUACACAACUUUGGUUUUUUUUCUACAUAUUUUUUUUCCUUCUCGGUUAAAUAUUUUACUUGACUUUAACCUAUUUUAUGGUUUUCUAUAAUCUAAACUACAUUCUAAAUAUUACAAAUUUUAAGUGUUUCCAUUUAAUUUUACCUAUUUGAACUCUUGAAUUUUAUUGUCAUGUUGGAUAUUUCCUCUUAGUUGUAGACUUAGACUUUAUUGAAAAUCAAGGUUGGAUUAAUAAAGUUGUCAAGAAUUUCA